AUGAUUAUCCCUGUUCAACCUACGAAACCAUUCUCUAAAUUUUCUCCAGAUGAAACAUAUUCCGUUUCUUUACUUCAUGAAAAUCCUCGUGUAGGCAAUAGUCUUAUCUCACCAAGUAAAUCACGUUUUAUUGAAAUCUCAAAUUUUUCUCAUGAUUCUAUCGAGGUUCAUCCUCAACAAAAACUAGCCGUUAUGGAACUAUUGACUGAACAUCAAUUGAAUAGCUUAUCAAGAUUAUCUCAUACACCUCAUCCUAUUGAAGAAGAACAAAUAUGUCUCCCUGAUUUAUCCUAUUCUGACUUAAACGAUAUUCAAAAAGCUAAACUAGUUACACUUAUUAAACAAUAUCCACAAGUUUUCACCGAGAAACUUGGUCGGACUCAUCUUGUUAAACACAUAAUCGAACUUCAACCAGGAAUACAAUCCGCAAACACUCAACCAUAUCGUCUCCCCCCAUCUAAAAAAGCUAUAGUCGAUCAACAACUAGAAGAGAUGCUCCAAGCUGGUCAUAUUAUUCCUUCACAUAGUCCUUGGGCAUCUCCAAUCGUAUUAUCCCCUAAAAAAGAUGGUACACUCAGAUUUUGUGUUGAUUGUCGAAAGUUGAAUGCUAAUACAAUUUAUGAUAUUGUCGUAUUCUCUUCCACAUUUGAACAACAUCUUAAAGAUUUAUCCUCUGUCUUUGAUCGUCUCAAAACUGCUGGACUUAUUCUUAAAGCCUCAAAAUGUGAUUUUUGUAGAAAAGAAUUAAAGUACUUAGGACAUAUUAUUACUCCUGACGGUAUUAAACCUGAUCCCGGUCUAAUCGACUCCGUGAAACUUUUUCCUCGACCUACACGAUUAAAAGACAUUCAAUCAUUUUUAGGCUUAAUUGGAUACUACAGAAAAUUUAUAAAAGAUUACGCUAAAAUACGUUCUCAUCAAAAAUCUAAACGUCCACCAAAUAACAUAGAAUGGUCUGUUGAAUGUACUAUAGCCUUUGAACGAUUAAAAACUGCACUUACUCAGGCUCCUAUACUUCGAGCUCCAAGUUUUAAUGAACCUUUCAUUUUGGAAACAGAUGCCUGUGAUUAUGGUCUUGGUGCUGUCCUUACUCAAGAAUAUGAUAAUAAAAAAAUUUGUUAUUGCUUAUGCUAG